AUGCUAAGCGGCGUUCUUUUCCGCCGCACUGGCGAGAAAGGAACAGAGAUAAAACCUGAGUUUGUGAACCAGUAUCUCUUGACGGAUGUUUACUGCUACGCCAAAGCGACCAAAUUGCUGCAGCGACCGGUCUUACCAAGCAUUGCCGCACUGGUAAACCCAGCCAUCAGCGUGUUUCGCAUCAUCUUGGAGGUCUUUCGCACCAUUUUUCUGGUUUUGCUAUCAAGGCUCCCCGGAGCGGGGCGUCCGAUUAAGAAGAUCAGUGUCGCGAACACCAGUGUGUUGUUCCACAAUGGCCGGGCGCUGGCGACAUGCGAGAGCGGACCGCCAUUGAGAUUCCUGUUACCAAGCCUCGAGACGAUCGGCUGGUUCAAUGGACGAUUCGCUGAGAACGAGCCCAGAAGGAGCAGCCAAAGUGGCUUUGGAGGCAACGGUUUCACUUCCUUUAUGAAGGAAUGGACGACAGCCCACCCACGCGUCGAUCCAGUUACCAAGGAGCUUCUUACUUUCCAUUCGACAUUUAUCAAACCCUUUGUGCGCUACUCUGUUGUACCACCGACAGCGGCAAAAUCCACAAGCCACUGCGCGAUAUUCGAUGCACCAGUUCCUGGAGUCGACUCGCCAAAGAUGAUGCAUGACUUUGGCGUAUCGAGAGAACAUACCGUCAUCAUGGACCUACCCCUCUCAUUCGACCCGAUGAACCUGAUUCGUGGCGUGCCCAGUUUGUCGUACGAUUCGGCAGGCAAGUCAAGGUUUGGCGUCUUUCCCCGGCACCAGCCCUCUGCCAUUCAAUGGUUCGAAACCAAUCCAUGCACAAUCUUCCACACCGCCAAUUGCUGGGACACUUUAUCAGCAGCACCAGAAGUUGGCAGUCCGCGUGUAUCUGUCAAUCUUGUCGCAUGCCGGCUCACAUCGGUAUCCUUGGUUUUCAGUGCUGGAAACCUCCCUACUCCGGAGGUGAAGCCUGUCCCGCCUGAGUACGCCGAGGAGGAGCAAUGCCGGCUGUACUACUAUAACUUCCCUCUGUCGGACAGCACUGGGGUCCAGUGCAAUAUCAGACAUCAGUGGGCUCUUUCAGCAAUCUCACUCGAGUUUCCCACUGUCGCUCCGGCCUAUUUAAUGCAGGAAGCCAGAUAUGUGUAUGGCUGCUCAACUGGGGAGAACUCGUAUACAGUUGCCCUUGGCAAAGCAGCCAAGAUCGACCACUUGGCCAAAGUCGAUGUCAAGACACUUAUAAGUCGAGGGAUUGCUAACCCGCCACAGCCGAUCAAAGGGUGUGUUGAUUCACGAGGGGUCGCUCAGGUUCUGGACAGUCAAGAUCCCAACGACCCUAUCAAGCUCUUCAAGAUGCCCCAGGGAUGGUAUGCUCAGGAGCCACGCUUCGUCCCUAGAUCUCAGCCUGAAAGCGAGGACGAUGGAUGGUUGUUGACAUAUGUGUUUGAUGAGUCACAACUUGACAGCUCUGGGGCAUGUCGUGGAGAUGCUGUGAGCGAGCUAUGGGUGAUUGAUGCUAAGGAGAUGAAGGAAAUUGUGGCAAGGAUCAAGCUGCCACAGCGUGUGCCGUACGGUCUACACGGUGUCUGGUUUAGUGAGGAUGAAAUCGAAGGCCAGAUAUCUUUUGAGAGAGUGAGGAAACUGCGUGAUGGCACGGUUUAA